AUGAGUCGACUAUUAUCAAAGGCGGCAAUCUGACUUUUGGACAAUGAUUGGUAAAUCAGAAAAACGAAUUAUUGACUUUGUAUUCCAUUGGCAGUCACAAAACUCUUCGGAACGACAUCUUAGAUAAAUAACAGGUUAACUAUUAACCUUUAUUUAAUGCAGGUUUUGAACCGUAUUCUUUGAAGGAGACGAUUAUAUUCAAAUAAAUCUGUAUUGACAUAUCAAUAAAAAAUUUUUGUCCAAAUGUACAGAUUGCCGCCUUUGAUAAUAGACGACUCAUAUGCUAUGCAAUAGCUUUACCGCGGCAGUUCCCGAGUGCCACACGUUUUUUUUUGGGAUUUUAUGACCUGCUAUUUACAAACCUUUAGGUCAACUCUUAUUAAAUUUAUUGGAUUAGACGAGUGUUCAUAUCAUAGAUAAUGCACCAAUUUUGUCCGUACUGUCACUUGUCAGUGUCGUCACUGAAGUAUGAAACCCAGAUUUGUGUUCCUUCAAAGAAAACAAAUGAUAUUGGCUGGAAAACAAAUUGAUUAUUAUAUUCUUUCUGGUAUUAGCGAUAACUACACUUAGAACUGUGCUAUUUUAAAUGUACCUAAAAUGAUAGAAACAUGUUCAAAAAGAUGUAUGCUUCUAGGAACGUUGUGCCUAGGCAUGUUAACUGUAAUAGUUCUCAUUGUCGAAUCACGGCUAGCUGAGAGAUUAUCAAGCAGUCAUAGAAUGAAAAACAAAACAUUCCCAACAGAGAACAACUCAACCUGUUGGGUUUAUCAACCAUACAAAGUUAUUAGUGAAUGUCAUCCUUGCUCAGAUUUUGAGAUUCGAAGUAAGAGUAUAGGAGUAUGUAUACAUACAAGUUUUAAAGAAAUUUUGAAGUGUGAAAAUGGAGAAACUGUGACAAGAAGCUGCGACCGAGUGGCCUAUUUAGAGAAGUGGGCCUACUGGAAGUUCACAAUUUGGUCAUUUGUCAUUGGUGCAGCAUCCUCUAUUGCUGUGAUGCUCAGAAUGAGAGUUCUCAAUUAUCGAGCUAAGCGAAGAGCACGACAAAUCCUGAGUAAUGGAGCGAUUUAAUAAAACAAAAACAAAGAACAAUACUGCAUAUAACUUUAAUUUGUUUAAUUAGAAAAAUGAAUGAACAUAUGAUAUUUAUUAUUGAAAUAAAUUUAUUAUUUUUACA